AUGGUGCACAUUCUGAAGAAUCCAGACGGCACCGUCAACUUCGACGCCGUCAAGAAAGAGACCGAUCUCCUGAAAGGAAAGUACGCUCAGAACGCGGAGAACAUCAAGAAGAACGCAGAACGCGAAGAGCAGCAGAAGCAGGACUCGUCGGCUCCACAAACUUCAAGUCACGGCGACAUUGUGCCUCCCAAGGCAGAGGGGCCAAAGUAG